ACAAGUGAAUUUGUCCACACCGAGCCUCAGCAUCCCUCUGUGACGACAGAGUCCACUGAGAGGACGCGCGGCGCGAGACCGACACGGGUCCACGGACAGCCGCGCGGGGAGACGGUCCGCUCCGUCCGGAGGAUGCGCGCCGCAGCCAGCAGCAGCAGCAGCAGCAGCAGGUCGCGCUGAACGAGGUUCGGUACCGGGAGGCGGAGCCGCUGCAGAUCGGAACCAUGAGCUGCAACUGGGGCACCGAGCUGUGGGACCAGUUUGAUAACCUGGAGAAACACACCAGCUGGGGGAUCGACUUCCUGGAGCGAUACACCAAGUUCGUCAAGGAGCGGGCCGACAUCGAGCUGAGCUACGCCAAGCAGAUCAGGAGCCUGUCCAAGAAGUUCCACCUGAAGAGGAGCAGAGAAGACGACAGCAGGUUCACCUGGUGUGUGGCGUUUGCGGCGACGCUGCAGCAGCUGAACGACAUGGCGGCUCAGAGAGAAGACCUGGCCGACUGCCUGCACACGCAGAUCGCCUGCGACCUGACGCGCUACACGCAGGAGCUGAAGGCCGAGAGGAAGACGCAUUUCCAAGAUGGCCGCCGUGCUCAGCAGCACAUAGAAAGCUCCUGGAAGCAGCUGGAGUCUAGUAAGCGUCGGUUUGAGCGAGACUGCAAGGAGGCGGAGCGCGCUCAGCACGUCUCGGACAGGAUCGAGCUGGACAACAAGGCGGAUGGAGAAAAGCGCUGCUCUCUGAAGGCUCGACAAGCGGCUCAGCAGAAGCAACAAGCUGCUGAGGAGUCCAGGAAGGAGUACGUGACCAGUCUGAACCAGUUCAACCAGGACCAGCACCAGCACUACCGCACACUGGUUCCAGUUAUAUACCAGCGCAUUCAGGACAUGGAGGAGCGUCGUAUCGAGCGGAUCGCCGAGGCGAUGCGUUCGGCAGCGGAGUCGGAGCGGAAGGUCCUUCCUGCGGCGAGCCGCAGUCUGGACGCCAUGAUGGACGCCGCUGAAAGCAUCCAGCCCAGGAAGGACACCGGUCAUGUGGUGGAGGUUUAUAAAUCCGGCUUCGACCCUCCAGGCGACGUUGAGUUUGAAGAUUACAGCGCCAACAUGAGGCGGAGCAUCUCUGAAUCCAGUUACCUUGACAACCGGGCUGAGGGGCGAAAACACAGCAGGAAGUUGUGGCCCUUCCUACGGAAAAACAAGCUGCUGCAUCUCCUGUCGUCGCCAAGGCAACCACCACCCCCGCCCCCGACCUCACCUUCACCUGGAGAGGUGAUCAACUCCUCCCAGUCUCCACCCACAGGCUCCAGAGAGCCAAUCACACAACGGCUUAGUGACCUCAUGAGCUCUGGGUCCAGAACCAGGAAGCAGUGUCUCCGAAGCCUGAAGAGAGGGCUGUCCCUAAAGCUGGGUUCCAGUGUAACUGACGGCAGCCAGCUUCCUCCUGAGCAGAGACGCAAGAAGCUUCUGGCCCGAAUUAACAGCAUCAACCAGGAGAUCCAGAGAGAGCGAGAGCAAAGAGAUGCUCUGCUGAAGAUGAGGGAGGUUUAUGAACGAAGUCCUCAGAUGGGCGACGCCAGAAGUUUGGAGCCUCGACUGGAGGAAGUGAAGCUGAACCUGCAGCGACUGGAGGAGGAGUUGAGGCGGAGCCAGGUGUGGCUCUCGGAGACGGACGGUGGUCUGUCUGAUCAUGGUGGCGGGAGGCAGAGCGGAGGUUGCGGGUUAAACUCCCAGGCAACAACGCCAGGAAGCAACAGCCUGAAGCAGCUGAACAACCGCAGCCCUGCCAGCAGAGAGAGCCCCGACGGCAGCUACACCGAGGACCAGGCGGCCGAAAUCACCUUCAAGUCGCGCAGCUCCGAGUUUGACGAUGACUUCGAUGAUGAAGAACCGCUACCGAGCAUCGGAACCUGCAAGUCUCUGUACCCGUUCCAAGGUCAGAACGAAGGAACGCUGUCGAUGGUGGAGGGGGAGCUGCUGUCUGUGGUGGAGGAGGACAAAGGAGACGGCUGGACCAGAGUCCGCAGGAACCUGGAGGAGGAGGGAUACGUCCCCACGUCCUACAUCAAGGUGUUUCUGGACGGCAGCGCCAAAGGAUUUGCACAGACCAGCCGUCUUGUUUAGCUCAUCUGUCAGCCUAUCGGGACAUCUUGCAACAGGAAGUGGCAGCUUCUGAUUGGACAGAAUUACUCUUUGGAUACUUCACCAAAUCAGUGUGCAGAUGAUUGCACACUGAUUGCACACAGAAGCCUCUGACUGGCCAGUCAGCCUUCAGGACCGAUUUUCGUUGACCUCUAACUGACGUUGUGAAAUGUUGAUCAAGUUGAUGCUGCAGGUGAAGAAUCUGGAGCAGAAACCAGAAAAAACAGGAAAUGAAGCAAACUUUCAGGCUGUGAUGUCAUUGCUGUGCUGACAUCACAGCAGGUGUGAAUUCAAAACAUUCAGUUUCUUCUGUAAAUGUGAACCCCAGCAACACAAAUAUUAACCACGCCCAAGAGAGGGGCGGGGCACAUAGGCUCCGCCCCUUAGUCAAUGAUUAUUGAAUAUAUUAAGUGUGUGAAAUGUGAAUGUUUCGAUUUAAUAAUUAGCCCACUGACAAGUUAUUUAUUAACUGAUUGACUGUUUUUUUUAUUAGUCUUAUGAGCACGCCAUUUGUAACUUCCUGUAUGUAAAACUUUCAAAAUAAAGUCCACUAUCGGAGCCAAA